AUGGAAGAGGGCACGGUAAUUCUUUUGAAUGAACACAAACCGCUUCCCAGUCCUGAUCCUAAAAGACUGAAGAAGAGAGACAUGAAAACGAGAGAGAGAGAAAGAGAAGCUAACGUGAGUAACGAUAGCAUCUACGAAGCUAUUCAAAAAGUCCUGCAGAGAUUUGACACACAGGACGAGCGUCUCAAGAGCUUUGAACUCCGCAUAGAGGCGAACACACAAGCGGUUAAGGAAAACAAGGAGGAAAUUGAAAAAAUGCAAAAGCAAAUAGCCUCUCUGAAGAAAGAAAACAGCAAUUUGACAGAAAUGUGCAAAGAAAAUGCCAGAUACAAGAGGAGAUGGGAUCUGAGGCUACUGGGCUUGCCGGAGAAAGACAACGAGGAUGUAAAAGAGGUUGUAAUCGGGAUCCUGACCAGGGUGAUUCCAGUGGCAGUGGACAAAAUCCGAGAGUUGGUAGACACGGUUCAUCGCCUGGGCAAGAAAAAUGAUGCAGCGCACAACAAAAUGCCGAGGCCCAUCAUCAUUCAGUUUGCAACGCGGACGGCCAGGAACGACAUCUGGAAGAAGUCCAAAGAUGCAAGAGUAUGCAGAGAACUGAACAUUCACUUCAGGGAGGACUUUUCUAAAGAGGAUCGAGAGGCCAGAGGCAAGUUGUGGCCGAGAGUGGAAGAGGCCAGGCGUAACGGCAGAAAGGCUUUCCUGAAAGAGGGAUAUGCUGUCAUCGAUGGAAUAAGAGUUGAGCUCUAAUAAAUGGACAG